CCAAAAAACAGCAACAGCAAGACACCACCAAACAAGAAGUAAAUCAGCUGGUGUUGGAUGACAAAAGAAUGGGUUUUCAUGUAAUUAAGCAGCUGAGAGGCAUGAGUGCGGUGUUCGUGCUCCUUCCGACAGUGCUGUUUGUGACGUUAUCAGGGGCUCAGCGAGCUUGCCCUAAGAACUGCAGAUGCGAUGGCAAAAUUGUAUACUGCGAGUCUCAUGCGUUCAGAGACAUCCCUCAGAACAUUUCCGGAGGAUCUCAAGGCUUAUCGUUACGGUACAACAGCAUCCAGAAGCUAAAGCCAAAUCAGUUUGCAGGCCUCCACCAGCUCAUAUGGCUAUACCUUGACCAUAAUUACAUCAGUUCUGUAGAUGAGGAUGCCUUUCAGGGCAUCCGUCGGCUGAAGGAAUUAAUUCUGAGCUCCAACAAAAUUACCCACUUGCACAACAAAACGUUUCACCCGGUCCCCAACCUCCGUAAUCUGGACCUGUCAUACAACAAGCUGCAGGCACUACAGUCUGAGCAGUUCAAAGGUCUCCGCAAGCUCUUGAUCUUGCACUUGCGGUCAAACUCAUUGAAAACAGUCCCAAUUCGAGUUUUCCAAGAUUGUCGCAAUCUCGAUUUUCUGGAUUUGGGCUACAACCGCCUACGGAGUUUAUCUCGCAAUGCCUUUGCUGGCCUCCUGAAGCUAACAGAGCUCCACUUGGAGCACAACCAGUUUUCUAAAAUCAACUUUGCUCACUUUCCCCGUCUCUUCAGCCUCCGCUCCAUUUACUUGCAAUGGAAUAGGAUCCGAUCCAUCAGCCAAGGUUUGACAUGGACUUGGAGUUCCUUACACAACUUGGAUUUAUCAGGGAAUGACAUUGCAGGGAUUGAACCUGGGACAUUCCAAUGCCUGCCCAACUUGCAAAAGCUCAAUUUGGAUUCCAACAAACUCACCAACAUCUCUCAGGAGACUGUCAAUGCCUGGAUUUCUUUAAUAUCCAUCACUCUAUCUGGAAAUAUGUGGGAAUGUACUCGAAGCAUUUGCCCCCUGUUUAAUUGGCUUAAAAACUUCAAGGGGAACAAGGAGAGCACCAUGAUUUGUGCAGGCCCUAAGCAUAUCCAGGGUGAAAAGGUGAGUGAUGCUGUAGAAACCUACAACGUUUGUGCUGAAAUCCCAGUCGUGGUCACUGAAAAGCCCUACCAGGCACCUAAAACUCAGCAGAGGCCUAUCUUUAUUCCAAAACCUACUCUCCCCAAACUGGAAGACUAUCAACCAACAUCUUUUACACCAAGCCCUUCUCCAGAUUUCCCAACAUCUGGACCAGAACCAGAGUACGAGCAUGUUUCCUUUCACAAGAUUAUUGCUGGAAGUGUUGCCCUCUUUCUGUCGGUGGCUAUGAUUUUGUUGGUCAUCUAUGUCUCAUGGAAGCGCUACCCAGCCAGCAUGAAACAGCUCCAGCAACACUCUCUUAUGAAGAGGCGCCGGAAAAAGGUCCGAGAGUCUGAAAGGCAAAUGAACUCCCCUUUACAGGAGUAUUAUGUGGACUACAAGCCAACAAACUCUGAGACCAUGGAUGUAUCGGUUAAUGGAUCUGGACCCUGCACGUAUACCAUUUCUGGCUCCAGGGAAUGUGAGCUCUCCGGAGAAGUCCUGUUUCAAAAAGGAAUUGUCAUGGAUGAUUGUGCAGUGAAUAAGGUCCCCCACCAUAUGAAAACAUUGCCCUAUUACAGCUAUGACCAACCAGUGAUUGGAUACUGCCAAGCCCACAAACCCCUCCAUGUAAAUAAGGGAUAUGAUACUAUCUCUCGGGAGCAGGCUGAAACCACCAACUUGGAGUUGAGUCGAGAUCACAGCUUCAUUGCUACAAUUGCACGUUCUGCUGCUCCAGCUAUUUACAUUGAGAGAAUACCCAACUGAUGGGAUGUCUUUUCCUAAGAGUUAAGAAGGGUGUG